AUGGGACGCUCAGAUAUACCCUCUAUCAUCCUAGAAUGUCUGCAGAGACUGGAGCCUGACUCUCAGUUCAGCGGCGGUUUGCCUCACGUCAAGUCGUCGUCAGGGAACAGAUAUUUCGCGAAGGUAGGUUCACCCGGGGAGAAAGAGCAGUACAUAGGCGAAGCGGAAUCCCUCAAGGCUAUGAGUGCGGCUGCACCUGGUUUGGUGCCGAACGUGCUCGCAUCUGGGAAUGUAGAAGAGUCCGGGAAGCCGUACUUCGUGUCGGAGUACAAGGAUCUGACGUCGCUGACGGAAAAGUCGGGCGCGGCGUUGGGGCGGCGGGUGGCGACGGAGCUGCACCGGUGCAAGAGCGAGAAGGGCUUUGGGUUCGGGGUGCCGACGUUUUGUGGGGCCACGAAGAUGCGGAACGGGUGGUAUGGGACGUGGGAGGAGUGUUUUGAUGCGAUGAUCGGGGAUUUGCUGCAGACGUUGGAGGGGAAAGGGAGGUACGCAGACGUGUGUAGCAAGGGACACGAGGUGCGAAAAAGGGUCAUACCUGCGUUGUUGGGCCCGUUGAAGAUCGACCCUGUUCUGUUGCAUGGGGAUCUGUGGAGCGGCAAUACUGGCACAGACACCAAGACGGGAGAGCCGAUCGUGUUCGAUCCUUCCUCAUUCUACGGCCAUAACGAAGCAGAGCUAGCUAUCGGACGCAUGUUCGGUGGCAUACCAAGCUCGUUCAUCAAGACGUACCAUGAGCACUUCCCGAAGACGGAGCCGGUGGAGCAGUAUGAGUUGCGAGGAGACCUGUAUGAGCUCUUCCAUUAUCUGAAUCAUACCGUGUUAUUCGGGGGAGGAUACGCUGCCAGCGCGCUCCGUAAGAUGGAGGGACUUUUGCGCGCCGUCUAG